AUGGCGGUGAACGGCCGAGACGUGUCCAACGCUUCGCACGAGGAGGCCGUGGCGGCGUUCCGCGCCGCCUCGGAGCCCAUCGUGGUCGAGGUACUGCGCAGGGAGCGCCGGAACGGAACCGGAAGCAGUUCGUCGGACUUCGGCGGAAGCGGAAGUAGCUGCGCCGGAGGAGGCCGCGCCAAACAGGCCGUCGCCUCGCCGCCCGGCUUCGCCCAGGGCCACAACGACGCGGCGGCGCAGACCGAAUUUCCGUGGUGGGCACCGCCGCCGUGGGAAGGGUCGUUCCUCCCAAACGGGUUAAGCAUACCUCCACCUCCACUGAGUCCACCGAGCAGGAAUGAAGACCAAGAUGACGACGACGGCUACGACAUAGAAUAUGAGGAGGUCACGUUAAUAAGGAAUGGAAACGAGAAGCUCGGCCUCACCCUCUGUUACGGUGACCCGGACGAACAAGAGACGGAAAUUUACGUGGGCGAGAUUGAUCCAAGAAGCGUUGCCGCGAAAGACGGAAGACUACAGGAAGGCGACCAAAUACUCCAGGUUAACGGAACGGACGUGCUAGGUCGGGAUCAAGCUAUAGCGUUGUUCUCAGAGCAGAGGCCGGACUUUACGCUUCUCGUAGCAAGGACACAUGUUUCGGGAGAGUCGUGUAGCGAAGGACACUCGAACACUUCCCUUCCUCGACGCCGUUACAGUUCUGUUCUGGAAGAAGAUGAGGAUGAAGAGGGAAAUGACAAGGAUGUCACUGCUACACCCAACAAGGCUGAUGCUCUACAGCAGACCAGCUUCCAAGAAGAGCUGUCGGAAACCGAAACACAGGUGGGUACCCCGCUGCCGGACAAUGACCUCGAGAUGAGCGUUCUGGCCAACGAGUUCCAGAGGGUCAUCCUGGACAAGAAGGCCGUCUCGGUCGAGCAGUGGCUGCACCAGGGUUCCUCGGCGCUACCCACGUCGCCCCAGAAGUGGGACGCGGCCGACAGCGGGUCCAGUGCCUACCACACGGGCGGAUCGUCGACCGCAUCGCCGCCCACCCUCGAGCUCGGCGGGAGGUCCGGCUCUCUGCUGUCACUGGCGGGGGCCCCGGUGUCGACGCCCACGCAUACCUUCGUGCCUCCCAUUACGAGGAGUGGCACGGCUGCGGGGUCCUCGGGACAUGGGACGGGACCCACGGAGGACAAGUCGACGCAGAUGCGGGACUCCGACAUGCAGAGCUUGACCAGCUGCGAGUCCUGUCGGUGCCACCUGGACUUCGCCACGUCGCCGCGGCGUCUGCCCAAGACGGUCAGCGAGCCGGCGUGCGUCAGGCGCGGCUCGUCGGUGCCGGACUACGCCUCGCUCUACCCCACGAUGUACACGAACCCGCAGAACCUGCAGCACACCAUGUGGCUGCAGCAGCACCUCUUCCGCGAAGCCCUCGCGAAACGCAACGGUCGCGUUCACGCGACCAAGUCGUCCUCCGUUGCCACGACGACGACGAUGACCUCGACGAAGGCGGAGCAACUGGUCUCCGCCGCCGGCGAACCUGGCGGUGACGAAACAGACCUCAAGUCUCAGUGGAAGGUGAAGAGGAGGGCGGAUGGGACGCGGUACAUCACCCGGCGGCCGGCCAGGACGAAGCUGCUGAAGGAACGCGAACAGAAGAUCCUCGAGGAGCGAAGCGGGCUCACCACCGACGACGACAACCACUCGGAGCUGAAGACCGGCAAGUACUGGACCAAGGAGGAAAGGAAGAGGCACCUCGAGAAGGCUCGCGACCGCAAGAAGAAGGAGAUGAUGCUCAAGCUCAAGAUGGCCAUCCUCAAGGAGGCCCACGAGGGAUUGGGCACCAGGAAAUCCACAACCAGCGCAGCGUCUCGGAGGAAGCGCGAGGUGUCGCCUUCACCGGAGGCCCUGGUUGUCGUCGGGGACAAGGCCUUCGGUCUUCUAGCCGUCACGACUGUGUAGAGAUGGGCACGCGACGUUCGCUAGAUGGAAGGUGGUCACUCGACGAAAACUUUUUGCAGGUUUGGGCACGUGCUGGUCGCAUCUAUGGAACUGUCUGCGAACUUUGCAUUUGGCCUUCUAGCCUCCACAACGGUUCAUAGGCACGUGAUGUUCACCUGGUAUUACUAUUGUAUAACUGAUUUCGGGACUUGUAGACAUCACGACGGUAUAGGUGUGAGACGCAUUGUUCACUCUGGGAAGUGUGGUCAACAGACGGAUUUCAACUCGCUAGCAGCUUUCGGACCGUUCGAAUGACAGAAAUCUGUGACCAGACAAUGAACAUUUGUUUUGAUCCCUAGACGGAGUUAUGUACAAGAGGCCAGCAUUUUAGUAUUGCGUCAGUGCUCCACAAUGUAAUACAGAGUGUGACUAAUCUUCUGCUCGUACAACUUCUGCACGGCUGCUGUGAUGUGUAUGCCUGCUAAUCGUAAAGGCACAAUAUCGUAUUUCGAAGGCAUGUUUCUUCUGAAGCUCACAUUGUGCGCUUGGUCAGUCAGCAACACGGACUUCUGAAGAAGCCACUAACCUUAGUGUCUAGAGCAUGAGACGCAUGUUUUGUUACACCUUCAAUGCAACAUCUCUACCUAAUCACGACUGCAUUUAUUUAGCAUUGUAGUUCACACCCUCAUCUUGAGACACAUUACCUUGAUAUAGGUAUGUUAUCUUUAAUCCAGACUAGAAAAAAAUUGUCAGUGGAACACGGAAACUUCAAGUGAUCAUAAUCAGCUGAACAACGAAACGCCUCUGUCUGGAGCCGGCGUUUAGACCGAGAUACUUGCUACAGACAGACAGAUACAGACAGCUACCUUCUUCACAACAUUCGGUCCACUCCGAAUGUUUCUUUGUUCGCCCACGUUUUGCUUUUUCCUGUCAGACGCAGAUAAUUUCAAACCACAACGCAACUGAUAACUGUGCUUCCACCAAGCUACUGAAACACAAAGUUUGAGAGAUGUCGCCAGCGUCUCCAGGUAUAUGAGUACUCUUGUCUGCGCGUUGCGGUUUAUGACACGCAGACAGCGUUUGGGUGCAUCUGUGCUGUCCAAUUCGGACAGAAAGAGCCGCGAAGUUGCUUCACACACGAGUCAUAACUGUAUCGCUUUUAUGUACUUCGCAAGUGCGUCCGGUGCGGCUUCGUUUUUUUGCGGCGACGACAACGAAAACUACCGAAAUCCACGUUCUUCCCGCAUGUGUAAAAACGUCGUGCACUUCCCCCGAAGCGUACGAGCGUGGUUUAGUGUCAUACGCUUCCUGCAUGCACCCUAGUCCCAUGUUUUCGAAUGCGCACUACGUUAUUUAUGAACAAUAUAGUCGCUGUACAUUUGCUGUUCGCUUUCGAGAAGCCUUUAGAGUUAUAUUUCCCCGCCACAACGGUAGAGUUCGGUGUUGACACUUUGGCUGUGAACGACUUACUUCUGGUGUGAAUUGGUUCCGAUCCUUGUUAUGAGCAACGAAAUGUCUCGAACCGUGGUAACACACUUCGAAUAAGUACCAGUUCUUUGAGAAUACCAUAGGUCACGGUGAGAUCAACAUCCUCACCAGAACAACAAAGAAUGAAACUUUGGAAAGGCCAGAAGAAAAUAAAAAUGCAAACCACCAUGUGAAAUAUAUAUUUAGGACUAGGCCAUUCCUUUUUUCCCCCGAAAUUUAGAUGCAACGAUUCGUGACCCUUGAGGGCGAGCUUGAUUUGCCUCAUAACAAGAACACUCUUUCGCCACAUGGAGAGUAGACUCGUCAAAUGCAAGUGCAUGGCUACGUGACGUAAGCAUUUCAUAUCAAAACGGACAAGAUGGCAGCUCCUAGUGGCUUUUACUUCGGAGGUAUACGAAGUGUACACGGGCGAAAUGUUGUUAAUCGUGUGGCCAUAGGUAAAAAAAGAACCAAUUUCGACUAUACAAAAGGUAUUGAACCAACUCCUUGCAUGUGAGAAGACUAAGUUGUGGCACACCCUGCGUGUUGUUUUUCUCUCCCCCCUCCCCCCUGAUGUAGUGUUGUCGUGUACAGACCAGAUGUAUAUAUGAGUACUAUGUCUUGGAAGUGUUCGGCGCACCGUAUUUAAGACUUUUCACGAAGAUUUGUACAAAUCUAUUUGUGCGGAGGGUGGCGUGUUGUGAAGCGUGAUUUUUUUUUUCUCUCCUAGAAGGGUUGUCUUUGAGGGAAAGAGAAAUAUGAAUGGAGAAACGAAAUAAAGCUAAUAAAGAGAAUUCCUUGA